AUGCGGCGUGCAGUGGGAGAGGACGACAUGGACGGCUAUGAGACUGACCACCAGGAUUACUGCGAGGUCUGUCAGCAAGGGGGGGAGAUUAUCCUGUGCGAUACCUGCCCCCGGGCCUACCACAUGGUCUGCCUGGACCCAGAGAUGGAGAAAGCGCCGGAGGGCAAGUGGAGCUGCCCUCACUGCGAAAAGGAGGGUAUCCAGUGGGAAGCCAAGGAGGAGAACUCGGAGGGCGAGCUGGGUGAGGGGGAGUUGGACGAGGGGGUACUGGGUGAGCCUGAGGAAGAGGAGGACGACCACAUGGAGUUCUGCCGGGUGUGCAAGGACGGAGGGGAGCUGCUGUGUUGUGACUCCUGCCCGAGCUCUUACCACAUCCACUGCCUCAACCCACCGCUGCCAGAAAUUCCCAACGGGGAGUGGCUCUGCCCCCGCUGCCUG